AUGGCGUCUUACGGUUGCAGAAUUCCUGCCAGACCCCUCGUAAACAGAUCGAAGACAUCUUCUUUCUCACGAUUCUCAUCCGUGAAUACCCGUUUCCUUCCCUCCAAUUCACUCCGUCAGUUUCGUGCAAUGGCGACCAUUUCCGACGUCUCCACGCCAUUCAAGAAAGUCCAGAUUGAGAGAGAUAACUCGACAUUCGCCGCCUAUGUCAUUGGGAGAGAUGACGCACCGGGGAUUGUUGUGCUUCACGAAUGGUGGGGUGUUGAUUUUGAGAUCAAGAAUCAUGCCCAAAAGAUUACCCGGUUCGAUAAGGGUUACAAAGCAUUGAUACCAGACUUGUACAGGGGGAAGGUUGGUCUAGGUGCUGCUGAAGCUCAACACUUGAUGGAUGGUCUUGACUGGAAAGGUGCGGUGAAGGAUAUUGAAGCCUCUGUCAACUGGCUCAAGGAAAAAGGUUCUAAGAAGGUUGGUGUUACUGGGUUUAGCAUGGGUAGUGCCCUAGCUAUUGCAAGUUCUGUAUUGGUCCCGGGGGUUGAUGCUGUGGCAUCAUUUUAUGGAGUGCCUUCGCCUGAGCUUGCGGACGUCACCAAAGCUAAGGCACCCGUGCAGGCUCACUUUGGUCAACGUGAUACCUUUGCUGGUUUUUCGGAUGUUGAGACAGCAAAACGUUUCACAUUUGAAGUGAGGGUUGUCGAACAUGAGGUGUUCAUUUAUAAGAGAGUCGGGCACGCCUUCAUGAACAGGUCCCCUGAAGGGAUUGAGAGAAUGAGAAGGAUGGGAAUAAAUGAUGAAAAUGCUGAAGCACCGUAUCCCCGCGAACAAAGAAGAUCUUGGUUGUUUUCUCGGAGGCCUUUAUGUCGUCGGCUCUCUCCGGAAUUUAAUCUCCCCUUCGCACCGCCGCGCCGCGCCAAAAUCUUCCUCCCGGUCGAAAUCUGCACGCCUCCGUUCGUGCCCCUCGGCCCGCUCGUGCUCCGCGCGCCUCAGCUCCUCUUACCGCUCGCGCUCGUGUUGACGCUCCUCCGCCCGCUGCGUUCGACCCUGGAGAUCAAACCGCCUAACCUUCAAUCAUCUCUGCCUUCAACGAAGCGAGAAGAAAGGCGCCCGCCCAAGCGGCAGUGCUUCCACAGGUCAGCUGCAAUUGGUGGUUUCAGAUCUAGCAAAAUCCGGCAGUGCUUCCACAGGUCAGCUGCAAUUGGUGGUUUCAGAUCUAGCAAAAUCCGACUUGCGGGUAGAUUUUUAGGAUAG